UGGACGCACCGGUUUCCGGCAGUGUGAAGAACGACGCGGUGCAGGCAAGGAGCGCGAGCCGAAGCUAAAAAUGAGCUGUCGUUUUAAUGGACGCGUUUUGUUCAGUGUCUCAUUUGUGGGACGUACCGAGUUCCGCUUGAUUCAUUAGGUUUCGUAACGUGAAUGCGGAUGGCCGCAGUUCCGACUGGGCCCGGCAGCGGAUCCCGGGCAGAGAUGAUUUCGUUCCGCGGGACUGGGUGCUCUGUCCCCGGGGAGCGGGACAACCGCGGGCUGAAGCUGCAGGACGCGGUGGUGGCAGAUGUUGGUAGUAUUGGACAGAAAGCCGACGUGAGCGGAUGUAAAGUGGAGGAUUACCCGUUCUCUGAGCUGAACCACCAGUGCGAAGCGUUUGAGCGGCGGAUAAAUCGUUUACAUUAUAACGGAGUGUCUGGUUUUAUCCACAAUCAUGAUGAUGCUGAGAGCUUGAAUGGACUUAAAGCGAAUGUAGAGCACUGUGACAUAUCCAGCUGUGUCCCAAACACCAACAACACAGAGCACAAACUAGGGCUAUCGUGCCAAAACAGUGACAACAGCAUAGUUACACUAUCUCGAACUGAACCUGGUCAAAGUCCUGCAAAUGAUCUUGAUAAUAAAAUCACAGAAUGUUACCUAAGGACUGAUGAAGGACCCGAGGUCACAUCUCAGACUCAAGCUGCUGCUGAUGGACUGGUUUUGGAGAUGUGCAGGUUAGACCUCAACCAUUCGUCUGCCGCAGAAGUAAACCAAAGUCCAGAUGUUGCGUAUGUGCACUAUGAGUCUGAACUUCAAAUGCCAGGAAUAAUGAGACUGAUAACCAAGGAUCUGUCCGAGCCUUAUUCCAUAUAUACAUACCGGUACUUUAUCCACAACUGGCCACAGCUUUGCUUUCUGGCAGUGGUACAGGAGGUGUGUGUGGGUGCAAUCGUGUGUAAACUAGACAUGCACAAGAAGAUGUUUCGGCGUGGAUACAUUGCCAUGCUUGCUGUAGACUCCAAACAUCGUCGAAAAAACAUUGGUACUAACCUUGUGAAGAAGGCCAUCUAUGCUAUGGUGGAGGGAGACUGUGAUGAAGUGGUGCUGGAAACAGAGAUCACUAACAAAUCUGCCCUGAAGCUGUAUGAAAACUUGGGUUUUGUGAGGGACAAACGACUCUUCAGAUAUUAUCUCAACGGUGUGGACGCUUUGCGGCUCAAACUGUGGCUACGCUAAGCUCAGGCCUCUCUGUCUUCAGUAUGCUCACAGUCAAAAACGCGAUUUUGACUGGGCACAAUCAUUCAAGGCCAUCUUUGCUGGUUAAACAAAUUACUAGACCUGAUAUGUCGCCAUCAGAGCCAGGAGAAACAAGAAAAUGUUAAAACUGUAAAAAAAAAUAAAAAUAAAAAAAAAGAAGUGUCGUGGUCCAGUCGUCAAAGAUUACUUUGGUGUAAUUCUAAAGCAGAGCUGAAUCUCAGAAGACCAAAUGAAAAAAAAAAAUCAUCAGGUUCAAAUAACAUUAAUCUAAAAUAAAAAAGUGAUGCAAGAAUUCUUGUUUGACUUGAGGAUUAAAGCAAGAUGUGUUUUUGCUCAUCAUGUUUGUUCUUAUAUAGUAAUUUAAACAGAGAGUGCAGUUUUUAUGUAGUGUGGUGCGUGUUUGAUUGCAUUAAAGAGUUGCUUUAAGGAU